AUGUCUGAGCAUGAAGUUAAAAGGCCAUUAGGAUUUAAAGGAGCUCUUGGUACAUACUUUUGUACACCUAGAACUAUCAACUCAUCUUAUUUACAAAAAAUGGUGUGUUGUAAGGGUAUUGUUACUAGUGUAUCACUUGUUAGACCUAAGCUAAGAACAAGUGUUCACUAUGAUGAAAUUAAGAAUCAGUUUUUCAUCAAAGAAUACAAUGAUGAUACAAUGAUAGAAAGAAUGCCUGUAACUGACACAACUUAUCCUACCAACUUUGAAGGUAGGACACUAAUAUGGGAUAUGGGCUUAGCACUUAUAAAGAUUUUCAAACAAUUGUUUUACAGGAAAUGUCGGAGAAUACACCAGCGGGUUAGUUACCAAGAAGUUUAG